UUGGCGACAAACAUGCAGAGUUGAAGAAGAAGAAGAUGAGGACGCCGCCAAAUCGAUGAGGCGAACGUCGCGACGUUAAUGGCGUCGACAGCGACGCACGUCUGCUGCUGCUGCUGUAGCUGCUGGAAGUGUCGUCGACCAGACGGAAUGGCUAUACGUUCGACAACGAACGACGAUGUGACGCCAAUAACAACAGCAGCAACAACAACAACAACAGCAACAGCAAAUUUAAGACGAGCAACUGUACAGAGAAGAGUUGUCAAACGGUCGUACACACUCUUUAAGCAGCAGCAGCAAACGUUUGCAGCAUGUUUGACAACGGCCAUAGGCUUGCAGUCCAUCAUGUUGCGCAUCAAACAGCAAAACAGGCCUGGCAUUAAGUUGCAUGCGUGUGUGAAGCGUCUCUGUGUGCUGAGAGCGUCAAACAUGAACUUGUUUGAUUCUGCCCUGCCUCUCUCUCUCUCGCCCUCUCUGGUGCGCUCUCUCUGCUAGGCUUAGUACGCUACUGGCUGUGUGAUUGCAAUGUCUGCCAUACCGCAAUCGGAUCGCUGGCAAGAUUUCUUCGAUACAUAUCGGCAACUGCCUGCGCUAUGGCGAGUAUCGGACGAGCAGUACAAGAAUCUGAGGCAGAGGAAGGCAGCCUAUGAGAAGUUGUUGCAGUGCUACAAGAAAAUCGAUGGGAAAGCCAAUAUGGACAGCAUGCGGCGUAAGAUCAAUGGGAUCCGAACUUGUUUCAGACGCGAGUUGCGUAAGGUGGAGUACAACGAGGAACUAAACAAGGUGUAUGUGCCACAUUUGUGGUACUUCAAUGAAUUGACCUUCUUGUGUGACGAAGUCCGCAAAGCACCUGAUAAGCCGGAUGAGUCGAUGAAUGAAUUUAAGGACGAUGAGGAGAUGGAUCACUGGUCCGAGUCGGAAACUAAAGUUUUCGAUCACGUGCUACCGACGUCCAGUGGAUCACCUGUCGAACCAGCGCAAUUAGAACAGACAUCGCCUGAGGAACCUUUGCUGCGUAUGUCCAGCGUCAGCCACUGCUCAAGGGACGAGGCUGCCAUCUAUGCGGAGGGCUGGGCCACAUCCUAUCGCAAGCUGGACGAGAAGAACAAGCUGCUGGCCAAAAAAGCCAUAGAGGAGAUUUUAGUGCUGGGGCAGCUAAACAAACUCGAGUUCAAUUCGGUGAAGAUGCCAAGUUGAAAUAGAUUUUAAAGUGAUUUUUAGAUUAUAAUAUCAUUGAUCAAUAAAUAUGA